CACUAACCCGCCAACUUUGGCUAGCAAGCUCUGCAGCCAGCAUCCAAGACCGGAAAAUAAAUAGUUAGCGUUUAGAGAAACAAAAUGGUAAAACAGACGAUUCAGAUAUACGCUCGUGUAAAACCGAACAAGAAAAAUACCGCGGUGUACUCUGUCAACAACGAGGAUCCAGCAAGUUCUUCCCUGGAAUUUGUAGUGCCCAAGGAAGUAGCUGAUGGUUUUGUUAACAACAAGAGGGAGUGCUUCAACUUUAGGUUUCAAAAAGUGUUUGAUCAAGCAACGAAACAAGAUGAGAUCUUUGAACACAUUGCAAAACCAGUUGCAGAGAGUGUAUUGGCUGGUUACAAUGGCACCAUCUUUGCCUAUGGUCAAACAGGCAGUGGGAAGACAUUCACAAUCACAGGAGGGGCAGAGCGCUACAAUGAUCGAGGCAUUAUUCCCCGCACACUUUCAUACCUCUAUGAGCGCUUUGGUCAGGACAGCAGUACAGUGUAUAGUACCCACAUUUCAUACCUGGAGAUUUACAACGAAAUGGGUUAUGACCUCUUGGAAUCCAGAAAUGAAGCAUCUCAAUUGGAGGACCUACCCAAAGUAAUUAUCAUGGAAGAUUCUGACCAGAAUAUCCAUCUCAGGAAUCUUUCAUUGCAACAAUCUGCAAAUGAAGAGGAAGCUCUCAAUCUGUUAUUCUUGGGCGACACCAAUCGAAUGAUUGCAGAAACCCCCAUGAAUCAGGCUUCAACACGGUCCCACUGUAUUUUCACGGUGCACUUGUGUAGGCGCGAACCAGGCUCUGCUACCGUGGUACGAUCCAAACUCCACCUAGUGGACCUGGCCGGGUCGGAUCGGGUCAGCAAGACAGGCCUCAAUGGGCACUUGCUCACUGAGGCCAAAUACAUCAACCUUUCCCUUCAUUACUUAGAACAGGUGAUAAUUGCUCUGUCAGAGAGAAAUCGCUGCCAUAUUCCAUACAGGAACUCAGUGCUGACAUCUGUGCUGAGGGAUAGCCUUGGUGGCAACUGCAAGACCACUAUGAUUGCUACUUUGGCAGUUGAUAAACGGAACCUAGAUGAGUCCAUCUCUACAUGUCGCUUUGCACAGCGGGUGGCUAUAAUCAAGAAUGAAGCAAUAUUGAAUGAAGAACUUGAUCCUACAUUGUUGAUUACUCGCCUGAGGCAGGAGGUUCAGUCUCUGAAGGAGGAGCUGACCAUGCUGACAGGAGAGCAGCGAGAUGACCAGCUAACUGUGGAAGAGAAGCAGAUGUUGGGAGAGUCAGUGAAGACCUUUCUAGAUGACCCUGAUCCAGAUGUGACACUGACUUUGGGACCAGACAUGAGAAAAAUCCAGCACUGUUUUUACCUUCUGAAGAUGAUGAUUCUGGGCAAUAGAAGUGGAAACUGCAGUAAUCGUGAUAUACAGGAGUCACCAACAGCCUUACUGGAGGAGAAAGACAUUCAAGAGCCCCACUGUGCAGAGGAAGUGAACAAACUUAAAGAGUUGCUGGUUCAGCGUGAUAAUGAAAUCCGUAUCCUGGUUAAGAUUUUGAAAAGGGAGGGGAAAAUAGCCAAUGAGAGCUCAAUACAGCUUGCAAGUAUUUCCAAUGGACAUAGGCAUACCAGCAAGAGUGAUGCAAGUUUGGCAGCAAUGCUACUCCAAACGGCGGGAAACAAUAAACCCAAUUCAACUGGUACGAUAGGACAAGCUGUACAGUGCAUGCAAAGAGGACCUCAAUUCUCAAUGGGAAAGCAAGAGGCCUUUGAGACCUUUCUCGCAGAACAUGAUGACCAUCAUAUCAUUGAAGACAACAAAAGUCUGCUCAAACAGAGGUCUGCAGAAGCUAGAAAACUUGGAGAGCAACUUCAUGACGUCAGAGAAAAAAUCAAUGAAUAUAAGAAGCAGUUGGAACUUCGCCGAAGACAGCAGGCCGCUUAUGGUGUGACUGAAAAUCACAAAGAUGUUGGAGAGGAAGUGGAUCCAGUGGAGGAAAACCUGCGCGUACACAUCGAGCAAGAGAAAAAGAUUUAUAAGAGCACUGCUGGCCGGUUGAAAGCAUUGAGAACAGAGAUUGAACACCUGCAACUUCUGUUGGAGAGGGCCAAGGUCAAACUCCAAAGGGACUUCCAAAAGUGGUGGAACGAAGAAGCUUCCAUUGUGCAGGAGUCAAAAGAGAAAGCCAGCCAUUGGACUAAAUCCCUGUGUGGAACCUUGCCGCCAUCUUCACAUUGCACUCCAGGUUUUGAAUACAUGAGCAGCACUGUUAGACCUCACUCAGCAAGGGGAGACCGCUCAAGUUCUUCGGGUCAGGACUUAAGAACCCUCAUCCCCAAGACAGCAAGGUCCAAUACAGUGCGAGAGGAACAAGAGGCAGGGUUCACUUCAUCAGAGUGGAGAGUACUAUCCAAGUCCUCCCUCCCGCCUUCUUCAAUCCCCCUGACUGGUGAUCAGCAGGCUGAUGCAGACAUCCUGGCCUUCAUCAGAGCUCGCCAAAACCUCCUCAACAGGGCAGGCACUCUUCAUAAAUAAAAUCAAGUCGUUUGGAAUCCCAUGUGGUCUCAACUUGUCCUCCAUACUGGAACACAUUGAAACCCGAUGAUGGAGAAACAAGAUCAUAACAGGAUCCUAACAUACAUACAAUAGUAGAGCUGGGAAUCUUUGGGCACCUAACGAUUCGAUUACGAUUACGAUUCAGGGGCUCCGAUUCGAUUAUAAACUGAUCAUUGAUGCACCCCCCUCCUUUUUUUUUUUGUUUUUUUGUUUUUGUUUUGUACAUUAGUUCCAAAAUUGUUCAAAAAUCCUCUCAGGCUAAACCAAACUACUAUUUCAGUAUCAAGUUAACAUAUAACAGUAAACAAACAUACAUAAAUAACAGUAAAUAAAAAACUCCAGUUCCCAUUCUGUAUCAGCAGCUUUAAACUACAUUCAAUUAAUUUAAUGUUGUGAAUCAACUGUUACAGUUAUUAAAAUUGCUCCCGUUAUUCCAUAAUUUCCCUUCUGUCUACUUUUGUCAAAGUUUUAAAACUAUUUCAUCAUUUAAAGAUAGAUUCAAGACAAGAUUCUGCCGUUUUAGGAGUAUUUUAGAUAAAAAAGUUAAUUAGGUACUCUACAACAGAGCCAUCUAGAGUGGUCUUCUGCUUUAAGAUGGCGGCUGUUUACUUACGCCGGAAAGUCUGUCAUUUAGCAUCUCUGUUCAAUAACACAUGUUCUAACACCGACGUCAUUUGUCAGUUUGAAUCUAGUUCUACAUAUAUAUGAUAUCUACUGUAGCCGUAUAUUUGUAGCAACUAGCAACUGGGCGUUGUUUGUAGCGGCUGUCACCCGCAGUCAGGUAUGUUUGUUUUUUAUCUAGCGGCAUGAGUUGAACAUGAUAUGUACUCUCGGUCCGUUCCUCAUUGCGUCCCAAAGACCGCGCUGACUGUGUUUUACUUCCGCUUUACCUGGUAUAAUUCAAUAAUCGGAAUUUGGAUAUUUGUGAAUCGUUCUCGAAUCUUCCACGGCCGAAUCGCGAAUAAUCUAAGAAUCGGAAAUUUCGCACACCUCUAUACAAUAGACUGAAGAAAAUGGUUCUAAUCCAACACACAUCUCACAAGAGUAAUUGCCGAUGUGGUUAGUGAGCAGCAGUACAAUAUAAAUCAAAGUCUCUGUUGUCCUUAUGAUCUGAACAAAUGUUCCCCUCAUCAAUAUGUGAUGAGGGGGCGGCCCACCAGAAGCUAGCUCACUACAAUAUCAUAAAUUGUAACAUGUUUAGCAUUAAUACAGUACCGUAUCUUUCGGACUAUAAGUCGCACCAGCCAUAAAAUGCCCAACGAAGAGGAAAAAACAUAUAAAAGUCGCACCGGAGUAUAAAUCGCAUUUGGGGGGGAAAUUUACUUGAUAAAAUCCAACACAUAGAACAGAUAUGUCAUCUUGAAAGACAAUUUAAAAUAAAAAUAUAAUAGAUAACAAGAUGCUGAGUAAGUUUACUGUUUGGUAUUGUUACAUGCUGCAUGAACAAAGAAAUGCGAAUGUGGCCGAUAUGUUAACGUACAGAGUUAUUAAGAUAACUAUAGCAUAAAGAACAUGCUAACAAGUUCACAAACCAUCAGUGUCACUCCAAAACACCAAAAUAACAUAUGAAAUGAUAUAAUUAGGUGUUAAUAAUUUCACACAUAAGUCGCUCCAGAGUAUAAGUCGCACCCCCAGCCAAACUAUGAAAAAAACUGCGACUUAUAGUCCGAAAAAUACAGUAUGUGUGUCGAAAUGAGUUACACAUGGCUGUUAAUAUAAAGAACUGUAAAAAAAAAAUCAAAUGUUUUUAAGUCAAAUUAUUCAGUUUUGAUAAAGUAAAGCAGUAUUCUUAAUGUUUUUUUAUAAAGCCAAAUUUUUUAAUGGUCCAAUUUCCUUGAAUAAGUUUUGUUCAUUGUUUUUUUAAUUAUGGUUAUCAUUGUUAUGAUUGUGGUGGCCAUUGUUGAACUGCUGUAAAAAUAAUUCAACUGUGUAUCUUAGAAAAAUGAUAAAUACCACUUUGUACUAAAGUUUUCCUUCAUCUUAUCUUUGCAAAAUUCAGAUUGCAAAGACUCAGAUUCAGACUGUGAGCAUGGUACAGAAUCUAAUAUCAAAUCUUGACUUGUACAUUGGUUGUGUCAGGAUGCGUGGACGAGGUGAACCCAAAUGCAGGUAAACGGGGAGGCGAGGCAGGAUGGUGAUCAACUCAAAAUGUUUUAACAAGCUUAAGGUAUCUAGCCUCCUCAAAACAAUUGCACACCCACCCCCAAAGAGAGAGCGACCACGUGGGAAAAAUCUGUUUGCAUGUCUUUGCCUUGAUUUGUUUGACAGAUGGAGCAGUUCCACAAUUUGCAUCUGGGCAUCAGGGGUUUGGGCCUUUGAGAAAGAAAGACAAGUGUUCUUGAAGUAAAUCAUGGCAAUAUAAAUUUUUCUGUGGUGGUUGUCUUUUUUUCCUGUAUUGUAUAUUGUCUUACUGGUAGAAAUACGUGAAUAUCAAAUGGUCCCUUGAAACUAAUUCACACAGCACAUGCUUCCAGAUAGGGGUGUGGCAAAAUAUGGAAAUGGUGAUGUAUCGUGAUACUUUGUAUCCUAAAAGGUUAUCGAUAUAGCAUAUCAUACCUGCCAAGAAUUGAGAUAUCAUUUUGAAAAGGUGAAAGGUGAAAAUGAACCAACAAGUUGCUACCAAAAUCUUCCACCAUAAUAUUGUCUCAGUUAACUCUAAGGCUGCAU